AUCUCCACCUAGUGGUAAAGUUUAUGGAUUUUGUAAGCUGAAUGUAUGUAGGUAUACGAAAAAAAAAGAUAAUUUCUAGUUAACAUGUCAUUUUACAAUAAUGAAGUAAAAGCACAUAUGUUUCGUUGUUUGUUUUGUCUUUUAUUUUGAUGGACUGUAUAUCAGGAAUUUUGACCAUUAUCCUCUGUGGUCCACUAGUAGCUGAUGGGCUGCGUGAUAAAGAUGGACAAUUCUGGACGGGAGAUUUCUUCACUCAGAAGGACUGAUUCAGGACAAUCUUGUCUUAUAAAUGAAUCUAGAGAACUGAUGACAACUGAUUUUUACUCUAGCAUACAGUGAGCUUGGCAGGGUGGAUCUGCAGAGCUGUUGUCUGAAUGCUUGUGCGGUCCAGACGGUGGCGGUGUCUUCUUUCCUGCAGGGCCCCUGCACCGCCUGUGUUAUGCAUUUACACAUGUACAGUAACAGCCCAGACAUAUGCACAAUGCUUCACACAAUUGCACAUUCUCAUUCAUUCACACUAUGCUCACUGACACGUCCUUAUUAACUUAACAAGGCUCAUAUUAGAACUAGUAGAAAGUGGGACGUUUCCCAUCCAUAGCUGUGGGUGGGUAAUGUUGUUUGAAUCAUAAAUACCAAGGAUGAGAACGUAACUUUCCACAAAAACCUGUACAGAGAGAAGGUUCUUUUGAAAAAAAUUAUUUUUCUUUGUACUUGGUCUCAGGUUUGCACACACAGGUCACCAGUGCAGUGUGGGGCAGGGGGGGAGUUGGAUUACAUUCCUUCCAUCAGGGCUGUGAAGCUGCCAGGCAGGUCACUCCCAGCUCAAUUCUCAACUCCAAACUCUGUCUCUCUCUCUCUCUCUCUCUCUCUCUCUCUCUCUCUCUCUCUCUCUCUCUCUCUCUCUCUCUCUCUCUCUCUCUCUCUCUCUCUCUCUCUCUGCCCCCCCCCCCCCUCUACACUGCAUUGUCUUGUAUGACUUGUUGGCAAUGAUGGAAAAGAACACAGAAGUGUAACAUGUAUUCUUGUUUGUACAACACGUGUGUGUGUUUGUGUGUGUGUGUGUGUGUGUGUGUGUGUGUGUGUGUGCGUGUGUGUGUGUGUGUUUUGAGUGAGUGAAUGAGAGAGAAAGAGAAAGAGUAUGAAUGUGGUUAGGUUUUGGCCCUCACAAGCAGAACCUCCACCCAGUACUGUUUGGGUCUGACUCAGAACUUCUUAGUCUAUUGGAAAUUCCCAGAAUUCCUUGGGCAGCCUGGCCACAGCGUUCUGGGGCUCUCCAGAGGUCAGCCAAUCCCCAUGAUUCCCGUCUCUGGUGAAGAGAAUUGCAGCCUUAGAUAACACUACCCAGUCUUUCUGGCUCUCUCUUACUCAGACACACGCAAGCAGACGCACAUGAACUUAUCAGCAAUGUGGGAACAAUCCUUGCACUGGACACUCAAUUUUUUUUUAUCACACUGAAUAAUUUAAAGGUUGUGGGUGAGUUCUAAUUCAUCUCGAAAACCCUGCUUAUAUUAUAGAUAUAUUUUUAUAAUUGUCGGAAUCUUGUACAAUUUCUGACUUUCUGCUUUCUUUCCUUUCCUCAUAUCUCUUCAUCUAUACAUUAUGGAAUAAUCUGGGAUGAUUUACAUGAUAAAUAUACAGGAUCAGGGGGGCACGGUGGCUUAGUGGUUAGCACGUUUGCCUCACACCUCCAGGGUUGGGGGUUCGAUUCCCGCCUCCGCAUUGUAUGUGUGGAGUUUGCAUGUUCUCCCUGUGCCUCUGGGGUUUUCUCCGGGUACUCCGGUUUCCUCCCCCGGUCCAAAGACAUGCAUGAUAGGUUGAUUGGCAUCUCUGGAAAAUUGUUCGUAGUGUGUGAGUGAAUGAGAGUGUGUGUCUCAAAUAGAACACUAAUGGUCUUUUACUAUAAGUCGAUGGCAAAUGACAUCAAACGCAUCGCUUUUGCAGAAUAUGGUAAAUUUUUCAAAUGUAGCCCCGCCCCUUUUCCACUACACAAGAAAAGCUGUGACCAUUGAGUGCAUCAAGUGUCCAACAUUCCACAUCACCAUCCAGGUAAUCGAAGUGAACUUCUUUUAAAUGGAAUUUUUUAAUAUGAACAAAAUGAUAAUGUGUAACUAUGUGAAACUACCUGGUGUAAUGAAACUGGAGUACAAAUCAGUGCAAGACUAUACAACACACACACACACACACACACAUGCACAGUAUCACUUACAUAUAACAUGGCUAUAAGAAAGCGUAUAUAAAACUAGACCAGCACAUGCAGAGUGAAACAUUAUGAAGCUGAAUAAGACAGCAGUGUAGACAAGGCUGAUGGAAGGCAGACAGGCCACAGGCCUGGAGGUACUCCUCACAUCCCACGCAGAUGACACACAAGCUGCGUCACUUAAACCUCGACUGUGAACAGAGCCGCUCCAUUGUCCUAGUCACCCACCACUUCUUCUGGUUUAGUCCCUCGCCAACAAUUUAUUCACGCAUCACAAACGUCUACAUUUAACAGUCUUGUAUUCAUCUCACUGAUUAUUUAUGGAUCUCAUGCGACACUGAGAAAAAGGAGCGUUUUAUAGUGCAGCUGAGAAGGACACUGGUGAUGUCAGUAGUCUGUUCAUCACAGGCAAAGUAGGGAUAAAUAUAUUAAAUUCAAUUUUCAGCCAUCAGAAUAGAGCUUUGAGGGGAAAAAGCAGACAAUUCAUAAUUGUAAAUUCAAUCUGCGGCAAAAAUGAUUCUACAAUUAGAUAAUGAGUAUUCCAUUUGUGUGGACCAUGUUUAUCCUGCUAUAAGACCGUUGGUUUGUCAUUUACAUCAUUUACACACACACACAUGGUGUGUAUUGGUGAAUUCUGGAUAGGAUGUGGCUAGUUCAGCGAUUCCCAAACCUUUAUGACCUUAUUAUGACAUUAUGAAUUGGCCUUAAAUAGGCAUUAUGAGGAGGCAGUACAGUGGCCUUGUGAUUAUCACAUUUGCCCUAAACAUUCAGGGUUGGGGGUUUAAUUACAACCUCUUCUGUGUGUAUGGAGCUCUCCUUGUUCUCGGGGGGUCGUAGGCUGAUUGGCAUCUCAAAAUGAUCAUUGAUGUGUGUGAUUGUGCUCUGUGAUCCUGUCUAGGAUGUACUAUACUGCCUUGUACCGUUAGACAAGCAGUGCAGAGAACACAUGGACCAACAUUAUAAAGCUCUGACCACUCUUCAGCAAAUGUAAGACACAAACAUCAUCACUGAGAUAAGUUCUUUUUUUUUUUUUUGAAGAAACCGUGUCCAUAUUUAAAAGACUGGUUCAGAACUUGAAAGAAUGUCCUUAAUUCAUUGAGUACAGUUAAUCUCUCUGUUAAUUUCUCUUUAAAAACAAUGUAAGGAUGGACACAGGCACAACAUGGGUAUAAAAUGAGAGAAUGAGGACGCGCUCUUUCCUGCAUUUGAGCCAUCAAACCAAGGACUUGGACUUUUCUGGAAUUUUCUGCAUAGCAGCCAAAUCCUUAAGCACAUUUUUUGCACAAUACAUAUUGCAUCCUGUAUAUACAUAAAACUAUUGUGCUGAAUAAGUGAGUGACAAAUGGUACGUGUGCGUGUUUUUUUUUUCUUGAGACAGAGUCACAUGCUCAGGAACUAGUGGAGUCAGAUGGAUGGAGGGAGCAAUUUGUCCAUUUUUAUUGUUGAGCUAUGACGGGGUAAGGAGAGUGAAAAAGGCCAAACUUGCCUAUGCAGACAUCUUUAAAUGUGCCAUGUCUGAAUGAGACGCCAGACUCCAUCAAAUUUCAAGUUGCACAUUAAUUCUGCCUUCAUAGUUAGAACGAUGUUAGUACUAAUGUUCGUUUGUAGGAUGAGUUCAACAGACGAGCAGAUGAGUUUCAGUCCCUUUUCUGAUAGAAGGUUACAGUUAUAGAUCCCUUUGGGUUACUGUUAUUUCCAAAGUCUUAAUUCUGGCAGGAACGUUAGUAGAUAGUCUUUGUUGUUGUUGUACUUCAGCAAAACAAUCUAAGUAAUCAUUUUAUAUAUUCUAUUUAAUAUUAUACUUUUACAAAAAUCAAUGAUUGCAGAGCUUUCUUAAAAAUCUGAAGAAAAAUCCAGUAUUUUGCGUUUAAAAUGAGUUGGUCCAGGAGAGCAGGUAAUGAGGGGUGUGAUUGCUGAAUGAUGUCACUGAGGGUGGUCAUGGAAAAGCUCAGGUAAGCCCACCGUUUCUGUCCUCGAUCCUGAAACCCUCAGAGAAGACCAGCCAUGGAACCUGCCAAGCCUCAUCCACAGUUCUCUGACAUGUACUCUGAAGUCAUCGUCAGCUCGAGCGCAGAUGUUCAGGGUCCUCCAAAGAAGGAGUCUUCGGGGCCCGAGAGCAGUGCGGAUGUGGCGGGUCAAGUUAGACUCCACCCGUCUCCAUCUCGCAGAAGACAUCGAACCACAUUCAGCCACGAACAGCUGGAGCAGCUGGAGUUAGCCUUCAGACACAACCAUUACCCUGACAUCUACUGCCGUGAGGAGCUGGCUCAACAAACUAAACUCAAUGAGGCUCGCAUCCAGGUUUGGUUCCAGAACCGUCGUGCCAAGCAGCGAAAACAGGAGCGAGCCACUCAGAAAUCCCUGCACGGAGGUCUGAUGCCAGGACGGGGGGUUCUCCCAAACAGUGCACGUGGUGGCAUGGCAAGACAAUACCAGUGCUCUCACUCUCUACCACACAUACCCAAAUUUUCCUCAGUGCUGCCCUCUGCUGAUUUCUCCCCUCACACACCAGCCGGCACUCAGAUGACCUGCCCUUCAGCUCCCACUGCGUCCCAGCCUGCCAGGCAGCAUGACGACUGGUACUGCCAGCUGAGGCACAUUGGCGCGCCGGCCGCCAGCCUGCCCCACGCCUCAGUCUUUUCCCUGACCUCAGUGCCAGCGCUGGAGCCAGGCGUCCACUGGAACUAAAGUAGGCUGAAAAGGCGAAAUCUAAAACCUUUCACUUUCUGAUUCUGAUUUGUCCUUUUGUUUUUAGAUUCCGCGGCCCACUUGUCCCACCAUUACGGCAGUUCCCUUUGUUUAAAGACCAAAUUGUUUAACAGUAAUGCUUGUGUGUGCGUGUGUGUUUUUGUGUGCAUGUACAUUUCUCUCCUUGUUAUAAAUGAAUGGGGGGGGAAAUGAAAAGAAUUUUUUUUCCACAUAUUUUUAUUACAGUUCCAAAACAGAUGUAGCCUUGAAGUUAUUAUACUUUUCCAAAACAAAACAAACAAACAAACAAAAAAAAAUUAAUUCACACUUCAUUCAUAAACCCACAAGCGUCAAACUGUGAAAAUAGAAUUGGUCUCGUUUACAUUCGAAAGUCUGUUAAAACUAGAGAUAUGUUUGAUUUUAUAGAAUAUCCUUUUACCACCUGAACAUGGGUUAGGAAGCAAUGCUACAUUUCAAAUGAUUGUAUUGAAUAUAUCCACAUUAAUAACCGCAGAUGUGUUUCAACAACAGAUGUCAUAUUUUGAUAGAAAUAAAUUAGCCUCCGCAUACUGUCACUGUCGUGUAUCUUCCCCGCUCACGGAUAACACAAAUAAAGCUCAGAAUGCAAUUAACAACAACAGUAAUUACACAUGACAAAUAUAACAGGCUUGGAUUACAUUUGUGAUGGAAAUAAUAACCCAGUAGCCUAGAAAAAGUCCCUUCAUCAGUCUUUACUGAACGAAGACUAAAGUCUGUUUCUCAGUCACAGUUACUGCUGGAAUAUUGGUGCACAAUUACACACAUUAUAAAGUCAAACAAAACCAACACACUCCAGAGUAUAAUAGAGUGAUGCUCCAGCACCAGGACUGGAAAACAUUGGUGUGAUCAACAGCAUAUUAGAACAGACCCAAAUUUCUCAUUCAUUCUUAGCAAAAAAACAAACAAGAACUGAUCCUUGAUCAUCGUUGUUGAGAAAUGUGAUCAGAAAGCAACACUUUUUCAGGCUGAAAACACAAAAGAACACAUGUAGUGCAAUUUGGCAGAUAUUUCUUGUCAGUUUAUGAUACUAAAGUAAAAAAAAAAAAAACAGGAAAUGCUAGAUUCACUCAUCAAG